UCCUCUUAUGUUUCUAAUGAACACUACUGAGCCUGUGGCAACCGCUGAGACCCUGGCCGAGGUACCCGAACAUGUGCUCCGAGGACUUCCCGAGGAAGUGAGGCUUUUCCCAUCUGCUGUUGACAAGGCCCGGAUUGGUGUCUGGGCCACUAAACCAAUUUUAAAAGGCAAAAAGUUUGGACCAUUUGUUGGUGAUAAGAAAAAAAGAUCUCAGGUUAAGAAUAAUGUGUACAUGUGGGAGGUAUACUAUCCAAAUUUGGGAUGGAUGUGCAUUGACGCCACCGAUCCAGAGAAGGGGAACUGGCUUCGAUAUGUGAAUUGGGCUUGUUCAGGAGAAGAGCAAAAUUUAUUUCCACUGGAAAUCAACAGGGCUAUUUACUAUAAGACUUUAAAGCCAAUCGCGCCGGGCGAGGAGCUCCUGGUCUGGUACAAUGGGGAAGACAACCCCGAGAUAGCAGCUGCGAUUGAGGAAGAGCGAGCCAGCGCCCGGAGCAAGCGGAGUUCCCCGAAAAGCAGGAAAGGGAAGAAAAAACCCCAGGAAAAUAAAAACAAAGGAAACAAAACUGAAGACAUACAGCUGAAGACAAGCGAGCCAGAUCCCACCUCUGCCAAUAUGAGAGAUUCUGCAGAAGGUGCCAAAGAAGAGGAUGAGAAGCCCUCAGCUCCAGCAGCUGAGCAGACAGCUGUUCAGGAGGUGGUUAAUCAGGAUGUGCUUCCAGAACUAGGAACCCCUCUCCCUGCCUGCGAGCUGCACACAGAAGAACCAGACAAGAAGCUAGAAGCAACAAAUUGUGAGGUGAAUGACUUGGAGGAAGAGGAGGAGGAGGAAGAGGAGGAAGACGAUGGGUUGGAAGAAGAGGGGGAAGAAGAAGCUGACAUGCCAAAUGAAAGUUCUGUGAAAGAGCCAGAAAUACGGUGUGAUGAGAAGCUAGAAGAUUUAUUAGAAGAACCAAAAAACAUUUCAAAAGAAACUCUUGAAGACUCUCCAGAGGUAACUCCUGUUAUCAAAAUUCCCAAAACUAAGGAAGAAGCCAAUGGUGAUGUAUUUGAAACAUUAAUGUUUCCAUGUCAGCAUUGUGAAAGGAAGUUUACAACCAAACAGGGGCUGGAACGGCACAUGCACAUCCAUAUAUCUACAGUCAACCAUGCUUUCAAAUGCAAGUACUGUGGGAAAGCAUUCGGCACCCAAAUUAACAGGCGGAGGCAUGAGCGUCGCCAUGAGGCAGGGUUAAAGCGAAAAGCCGGCCUAACACUACAGCCAUCAGAGGACCCAGCUGAUGGCAAAGAAUCUGGAGACAGUGUCACUCCAAAAGAUGACUCGCUUCCUCCCAAUCUUGGGCAAGACUGUCUGAUCUUGAGUUCAGAGAAAGCUUCCCAAGAAACAGUAAAUUCUUCUGUUGUAGAAGAGAAUGGAGAAGUUAAAGAGCUUCAUCCAUGCAAAUACUGUAAGAAGGUUUUUGGCACUCAUACUAAUAUGAGACGGCACCAGCGCAGGGUUCAUGAACGUCACCUGAUUCCCAAAGGUGUGCGGAGAAAAGGAGGCCUCCUGGAAGAGCCCCAGCCGCCCGCAGAGCGGGCCCAGCCCCCCCAGAAUGUCUACGUUCCCAGCACUGAACCCGAGGAGGAAGGGGAGGCAGAUGACGUGUACAUCAUGGACAUUUCUAGCAAUAUCUCUGAGAACUUAAAUUACUAUAUUGAUGGUAAAAUUCAAACCAGCAGCAGCACCAGUAACUGUGAUGUGAUUGAGAUGGAGUCCAGUUCGGCUGACUUGUAUGGUAUAAACUGUCUGCUCACUCCAGUUACAGUGGAAAUUACUCAGAAUAUAAAGACCACACAGGUCCCCAUAGCAGAUAAUCUUCCUAAAGAGCCUUCCAGCAGCACAAACAGUGAGUCCAAGAGACGGAGAACUGCUAGUCCUCCUGUGUUACCCAGAAUCAAAGCUGAAGCAGAGCCUGAGCCCAUAGCACCCUCGUGCUCCUUGAGCCUGCCCCUUAGCAUCUCCACCACGGAGGCGGUGUCUCUCCACAAAGAGAAAGGCGUGUUCUUGUCGUCAAAGCUCAAGCAGCUCCUUCAAACCCAGGAUAAACUAACUCCUCCUGCAGGGAUUUUGGCAGCUGAGAUCACUAAGUUAGGUCCUGUCUGUGUGUCGGCUCCUGCGUCGAUGCUGCCUGUGACCUCCAGUAGGUUUAAGCGGCGGACCAGCUCCCCUCCCAGCUCUCCACAGCACAGUCCUGCCCUUCGAGACUUCGGAAAGCAAAGCGAUGGGAAAGUAGUGUGGACUGAUGCAGUUCUGGGUUCCAAAAAGCCCAAGUUAGAAAGUCAUAGCAACUCCUCCCCGGUGUGGAGUUUGUCUGGGAGAGACGAGAGGGAAACCGUGAGCCCACCAUGCUUUGAUGAAUUCAAGGUAUCCAAAGAGUGGGCCGCCAGUUCCACUUUUAGCCCUGUGUGCAACCAGCAGCCACUGGAUUUAUCCAGCGGUGUCAAACAGAAGACUGAGGGUUCCGGCAAGCCUCCGGUCCAGUGGGAGUCUGUGUUAGAUCUCAGUGUGCAUAAAAAGCCUUGUGGGGACUCAGAAAGCAAGGAAUUCAAAGACAGCAACGUGGCACAGCCAGCCUGCGGUGCUGUCAAGAAGAAGAAGCCGACCACCUGCAUGCUGCAGAAGGUCCUUCUCAAUGAAUACAAUGGCAUCGGCGUGCCCAUCGAAAACACGGCAGAUGUCACCAGGAGCCCGAGUCCUUGUAAAUCCCUGGAUCCCCAAGCAGAUCCUGACCUUGGGCCUGACACGAGUUUAUCUGCCCCUCCUGUGGAGCACCCACCUGAUGUUUCUCCUUCAUCUCCUGCCUGCCAGACAUCCUCUCUUUCCUCGGGGCAGCUGCCUCCUCUCUUGAUGCCAACACACCCCUCAUCCCCUCCACCCUGUCCUCCUGUGCUAACUGUUGCCACACCACCUCCUCCACUCCUGCCUACCAUACCUCUUCCAGCCCCCUCUUCCGGGGCGUCUCCUCUCCCGUGUCCCUCUCCACUCUCAAAUGCUACUGCACAGUCCCCACUUCCGAUUCUUUCUCCUACGGUGUCUCCCUCGCCUUCUCCCAUUCCUUCCGUAGAGCCUCUCAUGUCUGCUGCCUCUCCGGGGCCUCCAACACUCUCAUCAUCUUCUGCAUCUUCAUCUUCAUUCUCUUCAUCUUCCUCCUCUUCCCCCUCACCACCUCCUCUGUCAGCAGUGUCAUCCGUUGUUUCUUCUGGGGAUAAUCUGGAAGCCUCCCUCCCCAUGAUAUCUUUCAAACAGGAGGAAUUAGAGAAUGAAGAUCUGAAACCCAGGGAAGAACCCCCGUCUGCAGUUGAACAGGAUAUUGUUCAGGAAACAUUCAACAAAAACUUUGUCUGCAACGUGUGUGAAUCACCUUUUCUUUCCAUUAAAGAUCUAACCAAACAUUUAUCUGUUCAUGCUGAAGAAUGGCCCUUCAAAUGUGAAUUUUGUGUGCAGCUUUUUAAGGCUAAAACUGACUUGUCAGAACAUCGCUUUUUGCUUCAUGGAGUUGGGAAUAUCUUUGUGUGUUCAGUUUGUAAAAAAGAAUUUGCUUUUUUGUGCAAUUUGCAGCAGCACCAGCGAGAUCUGCACCCGGAUAAGGUGUGCACACACCACGAGUUUGAGAGUGGCACCCUGAGGCCGCAGAACUUUACAGAUCCCAGCAAGGCCCACGCAGAGCAUAUGCAGAGUUUGCCGGAAGAUCCUUUAGAAACGUCGAAAGAGGAAGAGGAGUUAAAUGAUUCUUCUGAAGAGCUUUACACGACCAUAAAAAUAAUGGCUUCUGGGAUAAAGACGAAAGAUCCAGAUGUUCGAUUGGGUCUCAAUCAACAUUACCCAAGCUUUAAACCGCCUCCAUUUCAGUACCAUCACCGAAACCCCAUGGGUAUCGGUGUGACGGCCACCAACUUCACUACACACAACAUUCCACAGACGUUUAGCACUGCCAUUCGCUGCACAAAGUGCGGCAAAGGUGUAGACAACAUGCCCGAGUUACACAAGCAUAUCCUGGCCUGCGCUUCUGCCAGCGACAAGAAGAGGUACACCCCUAGGAAAAACCCAGUACCGCUGAAACAGACGGUGCAACCCAAAAACGGCGUGGUGGUUUUGGAGAACUCUGGGAAAAAUGCCUUUAGACGAAUGGGACAACCCAAAAGACUGAACUUUAGUGUCGAACUCAGCAAAAUGUCACCAAAUAAGCUCAAAUUAAAUGCAUUGAAGAAAAAAAACCAGCUUGUUCAGAAAGCAAUCCUGCAAAAAAACAAAUCUGCCAAGCAGAAGGCGGACUUAAAAAAUGCUUCAGAGUCCUCACACAUCUGUCCGUAUUGCCAUCGGGAGUUCACGUACAUAGGAAGCCUGAAUAAGCAUGCUGCUUUCAGCUGUCCCAAAAAACCGCUUUCUCCUCCCAAAAAAAAAGUUUCCCAUUCGUCCAAAAAAGGUGGGCAUGUGUCACCUGCAAGUAGUGACAGAAACAGCAGCAACCACCGCAGACGGACCGCAGAUGCCGAGAUUAAAAUGCAAAACACGCAGGCUCCUUUGGGCAAGACUAGAGCUCGCAGCUCAGGCCCCGCACAGGUCCCACUGCCCUCCUCGUCCUUCAGGUCCAAGCAGAAUGUCAAAUUUGCAGCUUCGGGGAAGUCCAAGAAACCAACCUCCUCUUUAAGGAACUCGAGUCCAAUCAGAAUGGCCAAAAUAACUCAUGUUGAGGGGAAAAAGCCCAAAGCUGUGGCCAAGAAUCAUUCUGCUCAGCUCUCGAGCAAGACGGCCCGGAGCCUGCACGUGAGGGUACAGAAAAGCAAGGCCGUCUUACAAAGCAAAUCCGCUCUGGCCGGUAAGAAAAGAACAGACCGGUUCAAUGUAAAAUCCAGAGAACGGAGUGGCGGGCCCAUCACCCGAAGCCUCCAGCUGGCAGCUGCUGCCGACCUGGGUGAAAGCAGAAGGGAGGACAGCAGUGGCAAGCAGGAGCUGAAGGACUUCAGUGAUUUCGCUUUACUCACCCUGUUGUGUACUGAAGGACUUCCCACAGCACUGGCAGCAGCACCUCCUCCUGCGUGUUUCAUCAUAGCCAUCUGUGAUUAAGAGCCAGCCCCCAGCAUUCACCACAGGUUAUUACAGAAAUAAAACGAUGUUUCCUCCCAUAUCCAUCUCUGCCACACCACUCCAGAUAGGGCUGGGGCCUGGCCAGCGUGUGCCUAUUGAGUAGGGCCCCCAAGUAGCUGCACACUUCCAGAAUCAACCUGUUACUGUCCUAACAUUUGUCAUAUGGAUCAUCUCACCUUCUCUUUAACAUGGUCAAUUCAUGUAAGGUUGUGUUAUGUUGUCAUUUAUCUUCAGUUUUCUUAUUUUCUAGGAACUUCCUGUAGAAAAGCCCCCCACACAAAACAAACCUUAAUUGACUAAAUAAAGAUAAUGCAUGCUCAACUUAGGAUAAGCACUACGACAAAGGAUGCGAAAUCUACCAAGCUUGCAAGACCAGUUGAAGCUGUCUCACAAAUCCGCAGGCUUCUUGUUGCCCUGGUUAGAGUCAGGCAUCUGCUUCUUCGCUGGUGCCCAACACGUGCUGGGCACCUGGGUGAUUGAGAUGCCAGAGGUGCUGUAAGACGGGCUAGAUGAACUGGCCCAUCAUCACAGGACUGAUAACUCAGAUGUGAGUGUGGCCCUGGUUUUGGCACAUAGCAGAGGAAGGAGUGAUUUGAACCUAACCUUGCAAAGCAAGUUCUCUUUUUUUAUCAGUGGUUUAUUGUAGAUUUCAGGGAUGACAAUUCUAAUGCACUUGUUUUAAGAAGUUUUGGUCACACACCAGCUCUUGAUGCCUUUCUUUUAAGUUAAUUACAGACAGAGGCAUUUAGCUUCUCUCUCUGCCUGCUUUUUUUUUUUUUUUUAAUCACAAGCUGAUGGCCAGCAUAAUGGAGAGGAAACCGGAUUGGAUAUGGACUCCUUUUUUAUGCCUCUUCCAGUUUCAUGUGUGUUUAUCCAGAUGGACAUCCUCUCGAAUAACUAUGUGGCACUAAUUUAUAACUGUUAUGUUAUGGGAGGCUAUGUAGCAAUAUACCGAUGCCUAGGAUGCAUCUCAGGCCUAGAAAGGUGUAUGUCUGCACUUAAGUAAAAAAGUAAAAAUAAAUUUACAUACCAGGCUUACACUGCAGUCUCUAAUAGAGAUUUAAAAACUACAAAUUGGCCUUUUCCUGGGUGUAUCAUUUCUCCAUACAUUAUAUAUGCUUUCACCCUAAUUAAUGACUGAGUUGGUGGGAAAUGGCUAGGUUAUUCAUGUGUUUUUUUCUUUUGUUUUCAACUUUAAAAGUAAUCUACCUCUUAAAAUGUGUAGUUUAAUACUUGUUUGGUGAAUUUGUGCCAUUUUAAUCCUUUCACUAUCAUUCCCAUUUUGUUACAUUUCUGUUCUGGGGACUUUUGUGUUGAAAUAUUGUAUAAAGCAUUUGUAGCAGUUUAAAAAUAAAAUAUUUAAAAUUAUUUAAAUUGUUUUGGAUGCUUCAAUUGUAUUGUGAUUUGCCUUUUACAUUUGUGUUUGAGUUGUUAAUCUGGAGAGUGUUCUUGUACUGGAGUUUGCUGUUAGUUAUUUUACUGUUUCUUGUUGGAGAGUUAUGAUAUAAAAGACUAUUUUAAUGAAAACAUUAAAAUUUACAAUUUGACAUACAAAAGGGAUUGUCUGUUGAUUUGAACCAAUGUAGCCUUUUAAGAGAGAAAGAGGCUAAUUGUAGACAGACCGGCUAAGAGUGCUGUUUGCUGUUUAUCCCUUCCAGGAUGAAACAUCAUUUGAGCUUGUCAGAUGUACAAAAGUUUUUUAUGCUGUUGCUAGCAAGCACUUAAUAACUAGGGUAACGUUAAAUGAUACAUUUUAUAUCAUUGUAACCAAUAAAAACUUUCUAAAA